UAAGCGUUUUACUGCCGCUGUACUGUCAAAUGGCGGAUGGUGAAAUUCAUAAACAUAGCAAACGAAUUGGAAAUUCAACUCGUAGAACAACUCUGCAGUUAUAUUAAACCUUUAUAGCAUAUAAGGCGGAGAUAUGGCUACUAUGAAUUCUGGGCAUCACGGCAUGAAGAGGAUCUUUCGAAAAAUUAGCUACUGUUUUGUUUUCCUUUCGAGAAUUAAUGGCACCUUGCACGUGAGGAACCACUCUCAGCAGGUGUCACUGCAUCCCGCCCACAGUCCUGGCACCAAGCACACCAGUAAUUUUCGUGUAGCUAGCCUAUGUUUCCUGUUCCUGAGACGAUUACAUGCAUUUGAAGGAAGAUCAACCCAGAUUUCCUCAUCAUUCCACACAAAACAGAGCAGCAGGAAAAGGAAAAGUCUUCCUAGUGCUCCUAAGUGCACAUGCUGCAACCUGAAAACUGGGUCCACCACAAGUGAUGAGCAAACUAAAACCAUAUUGACACACACCUUACGCGAGUUGGUGCCCAAGCUCUCCAGGAUCUGUAUUGGACAGAACCCAUACAGUUCCAGCCAAAUCUGGACUGCAGACAAGAAACCCCCAGGGUGGCCAGCAGAAAAUGGGAUCAAAUGGAAGGACCCUAACAACAAUCCCAAAGAUUCCCUAGAAGUCCUGCAGAAGAAGAUGAGUGUCCUUCUAGAAAUGUGCAAGACCAAAAGCAUUCCCGUGGAGUACCAGAGAGAAAUAAAAGCAUACCUGAAUGUUUGUGAAGACCUUAAAUCCAAUGACACACCAGAUAUUUCUUCACUCCAGAUUUUGAGACAGCAGAGGAAGAAAUCCCAUGAGCUGGCUCUUGCUUGCAGACAUUUCUCUGAGAUGGUCAAAUGGCAUGGAGCCCCAGAAAGAUCCACAUUCCUUGAAAAUGAGUUGAUUAACCUGUGUCUGGUAUUGCAGAAGACCAAUGCAGACAGGAUGCUGAAUGCUCAGUUUGAAGAGGUUUAUUGUGCCAUUGCACAGGCUGAGGGAACCCAUGAAUCUCCAGGCGAGUUCAUGGAGCAGUUUAACUCCACCGGUCGUGGACCAGCAGAGAGAGUGGUCCAGAUGCCACAGUUUAAUUUGGGGAACUGUGGAUCAUUGGAGAGAGCUGCAUUCCAGAAUAACCACAUGCCGGCCUCCCUUCCACCCGUGCAUUCCCAGGUGACCACAUGCAGAUUCCCAAACUUCAACAGUAUGGAGGUCACAAUGACAGAUACUUCAGAGUUCCACAAUCCACAUGACAUGGAUUACCAGAUGGAUUACAUGGAUUGCGACAAGAGACCAGUGAGUGCUAACAGGAUGAUGAUAAACAAGAGAGUCCGCGGAAACAGAUCAGAUGGAAGUGAAAAUAUUCAUUUGAAAGCAGUGAAUGGACUUCACCUGUCUGAUGAAAAGUCUGCUCUUGCAUCUAAAUAUUGGUACUAUACAGAGUUUACUGAGCAUGCUCAGCAGGGCAUUAAUCUACAAUGCCAUCGCAAUGCUGCUGCCAGAUCUCAGGGAACAAACAUAACAUGGUACAAAGAUGGAAUUAAACUGCGCAAUGAUGAUGAAGAGUUGUUCAUUGGGGACCCUUUACUGAGGGACAAGGGCUGGUACAAUUGCUCCCUCUGGCAGCAAGGGGAGAUUAUUGACAGUUAUGCAAGGGAAAUAACUGUUGAUGAGAAAGUUCACAAGACAGCCCCAAGAGUUGUUGACGUUGAUCCUGUGAGUAGAGUGAAAUACAUUAGUAUAGGUGACAGCUUCAACAUCAGCUGUACAUUUUAUGUUGGGAUUCCUAACCAAAACAACCCACUGGGUUUUACUUUGGAGAGAUAUUGGUAUUUUAAUGGCACACAAGUUCCAGACACUCAGAAGACAACAUAUGGAAUUGGCACCAGUGAGAACAAGACUGAGAGUGUACUACUUCUUACAAUAAACAAUGCUACGGAAAAGGAUUUAGGUACAUAUCAGUGUUUUGGAGCCAAUGCUUUAGGAGAGGACCAUCAGAACAUCACUGUAGAGAUAGCUAAGCCAGCUGAUGAUAAAUCCCAGUCCAUACCAUUAUGGGCCAUUAUCAGUGUGGCUGCGGGGGGCAUUCUUAUUCUCCUUGCCCUAUCAAUCAUAGGGAUCGUGGUCAGGAAACGGCAUCAGGAAGAGAUGGAGUGGCCUACACCUGACAUGGAGCAUUAUGAUGUCCCUGUCUGUGAGUUGGAGUACGAUGUAUUCAUCUCCUACAGCAGUGAGGAUGAGGAUUGGGUAAAGGAGGAGCUAUUGAGGAACCUGGAGAAGGAGGGAUACAAAGUCUACAUUGACUUUAAGGACUUUGUACCAGGAAUGGCAAUUGCUGAAAAUGUGCUGGAUGCAGUUUAUAAGAGCAGAAAGACAAUUAUAGUCAUGUCCAAGAACUUUCUGAAGUCUAUGUGGGGACAGUAUGAAUUACAGCAGGCACACAACAAAGCCAUUGUCAAGAGAGAUGAUGUGUUGGUUUUGAUCAAAUAUGGAAAGUGUAAGGUUCCAGGCAAGCUGAUGGGAAAGACAUUCUUAGACUGGACUGACGCCAGUGUGAAGCCUCAUUUCUGGAGCAGACUAGCAGAUUUUCUGGGUAAGCCUGGAAAUUUCCGAGACAGCCUGGAAUCGUCAGAGGAGAGGACAGAAGAUCAUGGGAUGGACAUGGUCACCAAUAAGCUGACAAGAAUGACUUCUGACUACGACAGUGACUUUGUGGAUAUGGAAAGCUCUGAUGAUGUUUUCCUGUCAUCUGGUUCAGAGAGAAUAUUAGGGAUACAGAAGCAGAAGGUGCUGGCUGAUGACAGUGUGCCGUCUGCUGUUACACGCAACAGAGUGAGUACAGAGACAAACUCAAGAGUCAGUUGUGAUGAUGAAUUUCAGAGGUUGAUUCCUUAAUUAUGCAAAUUUAUGCAAGAAUGAAUCUGCAGGGUUGUCCCUAAGA